GUUCACCAUUUCCAGUUUCCAGUAAUGGGAACGAUUACUUGAUCGAGCCAGUUGCUGUUGAAGAUCUGGGAGAACUUACAGAUUUUAAUGGCAAAAUUGUACCUGUUUCCAUAAAACAACAGAAAAAGCCAUACCCUGGUUUUGGUACCUGGAGGCAUCACCUCUGAUGAUGAAUAUUGUUUUAUUUUGGAAUUAAGUGUCUGUUCUUCAGGAACGAGAUGUAUCUUGCUCUUCUGGUGAUUUUCUUGCAGUGUUCUGAACUUUCUGCUCAGGAGAGAGUUUUUACUUUCAAUUCAGUUGAAAUCCAGGCUAAGCCCUCUGUCAAAGCAAAGAAUGGAGCUCCUAUGUCAAUUAUCUGCCACGCUGAUAUUAGCAAAAGUACUGAUUUCCAGCUGAAUCAUAACUUUACAAUAUUUAAGAAUGGCAAGCUGGUGUUCAUGACUGUAACAGACAAAGGAGAUGCACAAUAUGAUAUACCUGCAACUAGAUCCUCAGAUACAGGAGAUUAUGAAUGCACUGUGGAAGCAGGCAGAAAGACAAAAUCCAGUAAAUCCUUGCGCGUUCGGGUGACAGGAAUGACCAAACCAAUCCUGACUGCUGAGAAAAAAGAAGUUUUAGAGGGUGAAGUUGUGAAAUUACGUUGUGAGCUGCCAGAAGAAGAACCUCCUUUACAUUUCUUUUUCCAGAAGAUAAAGAUGAACUCGACGCCCAAGGAAAAACAUGUGUUUGAGGCACGCAGAAAUUUUUCUGUGGUGGAGUUUUCUGUUGAAGAGGGAGAUAAUAUUUUACAAUUUGAUUGCUUUGGUGGGAGAUAUGUAAAUUUCGAAUUCGAAAAGUCAGAACACAGCAACAAAACACUUGUUACAGUUAGGGAACCAUUUAUAAAGCCUACUCUGAGUGCCAGACCUUCAAGUAAUAUUACAGAAGGAGACAGAAUACAGUUUGAAUGCUCGACAGUGGUGGCUUGGAUGCGUGACAUUGAAAUCAUACUCCAGAAAAACAGAACGAUCCUGAAGAGUGUACGAGAUGAGAAACAUCUGAAAUACUCCACUGUAGCUACUUUAGAGGACAGUGGUGAAUACCUGUGUAAGGUGGAGCAAGGGAGAGCAUCUAAAACCAACAAACUGAAUGUUGUUGUGUCAGAGUUGUUCCCCAAGCCAAUAUUAGUUGCUUCUAUGAAGAACCUGGAUGAAAAUAAAGAACUCACCCUCAGCUGCAGCAUCAACGGCUUUCGCAAAGCUAACUUCUCUGUGUUCCGCAAAAAUUCAAAUGGAGACAUCUGGCUGAAAAAUUCUAGAAACUUAACAAUGAGAGUUAGUGUGAAUGAUACUGGAUCUUAUUUUUGUAAAGCUGAAGUAAAAGGAAUAGUCAAGGAGAGCAAACCUGUAGGGAUUAAUGUUUUUGCUCCGGUCUCCAAGCCAACUCUUUCUGUUGUUGGUGGUUUACCUGAGGUGGUGCUGGGGAAGACUCUGCAGUUAAUCUGUCGCUCGGCCACAGGAACACCGCCAAUAACAUUCACAUUCUACAAAGGAAGCGAAAUUAAGGCAACAGUUAUUAAUGACACGUAUGCUACCUUCUUGGAUGAAAAUAUUAGGCAAGACGACAAAAGAGGAUACAAGUGUGAAGCUAAAAAUAAUCACAGCAGCGGCAUGAAAACUAGCGAUAUUCUGAAUGUCACAGUAAUAGUACCAAUCAGAAAUGCCAGCUUGGGCAGUAUUCCGUAUGGAGAAGUGGAAGAUGGCAGUGAGACUGCUUUUCUCUGCUCUGUGAAAGAAGGAUCUUGGCCAAUCCACUUCAGGAUUUUUCGAAAAAGUGAUCAUGAAGUUCUUCUGUUUGAGAAGAGUGAGAAUGCAGACAGAGUCAUGUGGCGCAAGAAAGCGAUGAGCAGGCAGGACACAGGGACCUAUUACUGCAUGGCUUCCAAUCGAGCUAAUGUGGAUGUGAAAAGCCAGCCCAUAACCAUCAGCGUCAUCUUAGCAUCAUGGCAGAAAGGGAUCAUUGCUGCAUUUGUCCUGCUCCCUCUGGCUGGAGCAGCAGCACUCACUCUCUGGUGGUUCUUGUGCAAGAAGAAAAAGGCUAAAGGACCAUCUCUGGAGAUGUCUGGUUCUGCCUUGGCUACAAAUUUGACAAGUGAAAAACUGACAAGACAGCACAAUGAUGGAGACUACUAUUCAGGAUCAGGUUACAUUGAAGACAGUGAAAAUCACAUGAAAUCAACAGAUGAGAGUAAAGGACCUGACCUUGAGAGUGCUGAGGUGGAGUACACUGAAGUCGAAGUAUCAACGCUUGACCCUCACAGAGCUAAAGUACAGGACUCUGCACCCAGAAACGUGAAUUUUCUUUCCAGUUUCAUGCAGAGAGCUCCUGCACAGAAGGGGACUGAAACAGUUUAUAGUGAAAUCAGAAAAGCUAAUCAUGAUUCUGUGGAAAACAGGCAUUCUAGAAUACAAGGCCAUCUUGAUACUACUUAGAACAGUCAUCUCAAAGAUCAGCUGGGAGAAGUCAAGAAGCCAAGAUGGAAGAUGUUGCAAAUGUUUCAAAAGCUCUGCAGCACUUAUUUAUGAGUUUUCCAGGCUCUUCUUUCAAAAUUAAUUUCCUUAAGGGGAAAAAUAGAGAUGUUCCUGAAGCAUUUAAUGGAAAAAAAAUACAAAUAAAAAUUCUCAUAGGAAAGUGGCUCUAGGAACCACUGCCCUAGGUUCUCAUCUUUAAUUUCUCCUGCUGAUGCAAUUUUGCUUUUCCAAUUCAUCACGCUCUGAGGAAAUAAAAGGGGAAGCUACAUCUGAGGAAUAACAUUUCGACAAUGCAGAAGCUACUGUGAUGGCAGUAGGAUACAGAAAUAUCUAAGCUUGCUUUGAACUAGCUAACUUGGUUAUCAGUAACACUCUGCUGUGGCAGAACAGAGCUCAGCACAGCUUGGCCAACCACAUAGGUGCUCUGACCUGAUCCUCCGGCUGGUGCUGAACUCCCUGUGCUGCAGCAGCUGGACUGCUACCAGUCUUGGAGACAGAUAACUUAUAGCUCACUUGGAUGUGACACUGCAGUGAGAGCCCAAUGGAGGAGUGAGCUCUGGGCUCUCUACAAACUUGAAUAACUGUUCAGAGAGUCAGUACUUUACCAAGUGCUUCUAUCCAUAGAGGCACAAAUACUCCUCAUUCUUUGCUAAAUUGCUUCUCUCCCCUUUAAAAGUUCUGAUGCUGGUUAGUUUGGUGUGAUGGUUCUUCAAAGAAUGGUUGCCCAUCACAGUUAUUUUGGAUGGUGCAAAAUAUAGGUCUUGAGUAGAUGGGUAAACCCAGGUCAGUGAGUUUGUACCUGAAAAUCCUGUUCUGUAUAAUCCUUAUUCCUUUGAUUUUAGGAGAGAUCUGAAGUCAUACUCAUGUCCAGUUUGUCCAGUAUGGAAUUCCAUACCUAUCCCUUUUCUCUGUAGUAUGAUAAACCACUAACAUGGAUCUGGUUUGGACCUGGAUCUAAUCUUUGCUGCCCAUGUUUAUCUCAGUUGCAUUAGUUUAAAAACCAGAACACAAAAUAAACCAGAAAAAUUACUGACCACAGCUCCUUAAUUGCUGGUCUUUGACGCUGCAGUCGCUCUCUUUUCUUACUGCAGAUUAAAUACAAGAUUACCACAGAAAAGAAAGGUUCUCAUUUUACUUAGGAAAUAGUGAAAGAGGCCAUGGAUUUGUAUAUAGAUAAAUAGUUACAGCUUCAAGCAUUGCAUCCAAGGUGCAAAGGCAGCAAGAGAUACAAAGAGGGGUCCAUAUCCUGAUUCCAAAUGUUUAAAUUUUCAAGCUCCAAUUACUGGCUAAUAUCUCUAAUUUAUUGUUCCCUGUGCAAAUGUUGUUUGUAUCAUAAGCCUUUCACAAAUGACUGACUUCACAGCACUCUUCUGUUGACAAAUGUUCUUUCUGGCAUUCCAUGAGUGUUCCAUUAGUGUAAGGGAUGUGAAAAGGUAUUUUAAUAAAGAAACCUCUGAAUUGAACUUUGCACUGGAACUUGCAUGUUUGUAUCAGUGACCACUUGCAAAUGAAUGCCUGCACAAUUGCUUAGUAGUGAUGCACCACAUAGAAACAUUGUGUAUAUUUACAGAUGGAAGAUGUUUCCUCUGCAAGGAGUGAUUCCAGGCGCUUAGAGCUGGUGUC